GGGGGCGUCUCCUUCGCCCGGCGCUCCAGGUAGCGGUCGCCCCAGCUGCCCGCAGCCGCAGCCGCCGCUCCUGCGCGGCCGGCCGGCCGAAGCAAGGGAGGAAGGGGCGUUCCCGCAGCCCCCGCCCCGCGGCCCGCCGCCCGUGAUGUCACAAUCCGGGCGGCCCCGGCGUUCCCGGGCCGGCUUCGGGUGGCGGGCUGCGCGCUCCUGAGUCAUGGACUUCCCCUGGCCCCUCCUCUACCACUCCCACUCGCUCGCCGCCGGGCCUCCCGGCCGGGGCUAGCGCUCGGCGGCGGCUCCGAGGGGGCGGGGCGCUGGGAAUGGCUGUUCCCCCUUCGGCUCCGCUGCCGAGCUCGCCCUUUUACCUGAGGAGGCAGACGUCUUGCCCGCAGUGCUCAUGGGGCAUGGAGGAGAAUGCGGUGGCCAGUGUGGGCUGCCGGGAGCCGCCGGGCCCCCCGAGGGCCGUCGCCGUCCCGUGCUUCGGCAUAUCGGUCGACCAGGACGACAUCCUCCCCGGCGCCCUGCGCCUCAUCCAGGAGCUGCGGCCGCACUGGAGGCCCGAGCAAGUUCAGACCAAGCGCUUCACCGAUGGCAUGACCAACAAGCUGCUGGCUUGCUAUGUGGAGGAGGACAUGCGGGAUUGUGUGCUGGUCCGGGUGUAUGGGGAGCGGACGGAGCUGCUGGUAGACCGGGAGAAUGAAGUCAGAAACUUCCAGCUGCUGCAAGAACAUGGCUGUGCCCCCAAACUCUACUGCACCUUCCAGAAUGGGCUGUGCUACGAGUACAUGCCAGGCAUGGCCUUGGGGCCCGAGCACAUCGGGGAGCCCCGGCUCUUCAGCCUUUCUGCAGAUGUCCCUAAGGUAGAGGUGUUGGAAGGGGAGCUGGCCUGGCUGAAGGAGCACCUGUCCCAGUUGGACUCCCCGGUGGUGUUUUGUCACAAUGACCUGCUCUGCAAGAAUAUCAUCUAUGACAGCACCAAAGGUCAUGUACGGUUCAUUGACUAUGAAUAUGCUGACUACAACUACCAAGCGUAUGACAUUGGCAACCAUUUCAAUGAGUUUGCAGGUGUGAAUGAAGUCGAUUACUGCCGGUACCCCUCGAGGGAGACCCAGCUGCUGUGGCUGCACGACUACCUGCAGGCACAAAAGGGGACGGCCGUGACCCCCAGGGAGGUGCAGAAGCUCUACGUGCAAGUCAACAAGUUUGCCCUGGCAUCUCACUUCUUCUGGGCCCUCUGGGCCCUCAUCCAGAACCAAUACUCUACCAUCGACUUUGAUUUCCUCAGGUACGCAGUGAUCCGAUUCAACCAGUACUUCAAGGUGAAGCCUCAGGUGUCGGCCUUGGAGAUGCCAAAGUGACCAGCUUCGCCCAGCCCUCCCCUACCCAUCUGCCUGGCCAGAUCUAUUCUCCAGGGCUUGGUUCUGCUCUGGGGGCUGCACCCUUGGACAAGGUGGGAGAGGGGACAGGUGGGUCCAGGGAGAAGGCUCCACCCCUGCUGCCAGCCCCCCAGCAAAUGCCACUCUAGACCUCAUUCUCCUGUUUGGAGGGGCUGACAGGACCCAACUCUGGGUGUCCCCUCCAUCUCCCCAGGCUUGGGGGGAAGUGCCUACAGAUAGCCAGAGGCCACCAGCGCCAGGGACCAGACCAUACCACCCCUGGGAACCACAACAUUCCCAGCCCCAGACUGUGCUGGAAGCUGGGCUGCCUUCAAUGUGUCUUUGACCUUCCUGGC